AUGAAAGGGUUAUCAGAAUUGGGAUUGAAGGAGUUACCUGUUGGUAAAGCUAUGGAAGAAAUCAAGGGAACGGAUUGUGUGAUUUGUCUUGAUGAGAUUGAAGUUGAUCAAUUAAUAAGGUUAUUGCCUGUUUGUAAUCAUGGGUUUCAUUUGGAGUGUGCUGAUUCUUGGUUAUCUAGGAAUUCUGUUUGUCCUAUUUGUAGAACUAAGCUUCAAUUGCAUUCGGUUGUUGAUGUUGAUCCCGGUGAUGAGCUUUGUCAAAAUUCAAUAUCAGUGUCCCCGGUGGAACCUCCUCUUUAG